AUGGAAAAUACUCAAUUUUGUUUUUCGAUAAUUUAUGGUUUACUGUUUUUACCGCUUGAAGUUUUAUUGCAGCAGAGGAGUUUCCCCAAGCAAAGUACUUCAGAUAGACAAAAGAAAGAAUUCAGUAUGGAGCCUUGUAGGGAAAAUGAUGAUUUCUCAGUGGCUACCAACAUAAAUAUACCUCUUGCUAUAGAUUCUAAUUCUGAGAACGGGUCUGCCACAGAGGAAAUCAGAACUGAAGUGGAUCACAAUUCUCCAAAGCAGUUUGAGCCUGAUUCUAAUCCUUUAAAGCCAAACAAGUCUCACAAUGCAAGUAACAGAGAGAAGCAAGUACUAGCUGUCUGUGUACCUCGAUUUGUUCAAAAUAGUAGAAUUGUGAUCAUCUUUAUUGAUGCAUGCCAGGCAGUUUUAAAGAUCUGGGGGUCGUACAGUAAUUUGCAGCACUUGUUGAGAAAGCAUGGAAUCAACACACAUAGAUUCAGCCAAUCAGAAUUGAGUAAAUUAAAGAGCAUGGGGGCAGUGGACAUGCAGGUGAAACUAUGCUCAUUUAUCAGUGACAAAGAUUUUCAUCAAAUACUUAUGAAGUAUGAUGAAAUUUGCAACACAGAUAAAGCCAAGUUUAUACACUUUUUGACUCCAGUUGAAAUCAGUGAUAACCAUUCAGGCUCUGCAAAUGUUCAAGGUGUGCAGAGCAAGACUGGAAACGAUAAAAAUUCCAACAUCACUUGGCCAUCACAAAAUGCCAUUUCCUCAUUGCAUAGGAUUCAUGUAUAUAUGAUCGAAAACCAGGAAGUUAUAACCUUAUCUGAAUUAAAUUCCUUGUUUGUGCAUUUUGAGAGGCCAGACCUUUCACUCCAAGUUCUAUCAACCUUAGAAAUAACUGUCAGUAUGUUUAUGUCCAAUAAGCUGGAGAGAGUAGGAAUUCCCACUGCCAUUACUGAUGGUGACUGUACAAGAUUGUUAAUUAAUAAGAAGGAUUUUGAUAGAAUUCUGCAAUACACUACAGCUUUCCUCAAGCAAAAUCCACCAAAAAUUGUAUGGAUACAUUUAAAUGAAUCACAUUUACUUAGCAAGGGACAAGAGUCACAAAGAUCAAACAGUGUUGCAGGGUAUGACAAGCCUGAGGCUGUUGAUUCAUUGAAUAAAUCUGGUGAUUGUAUUGAGAAUUUCAACUUGAAUGCCUGUCAAAGUGAAAUCAGUGCUAAAGCUUACAGUGCUAGCUUGCAAAGUGGCCUGGGUAAGAAAGAUGAAAUGGAUGAUUUGUCAGAUAUGCUGCAUGUUGUGCCACAAAGUGGAAGUCCCCCAAUGUCACAAGGAGGUGGUACAAAUAGAUGCAGAUAUGUAAUUCGUACCUGUUUUGUUAAUGAUGAGGUUGUUGUUUGCAUUCCUGAUCUUCAAAAGGCUGUUAUUGACAUCUUUAAACAGUGUGCGCAAGUGGGAAAUUAUAUGCACCGCCUUAACAUUCCAACAAAAAGGUUUGAACGAGCUUUCUUGCAGCGGCUAAAAUCACACAAUAUUCUGAGUUCGAGAGCAAAACUGUGCACCUACAUCACCAAGGCUGAUGCUGAAAGGUUAUUGCACAUGUACCAUGUAAAUCAUUGUGACAAUGGAGACAAAAUUCUACAAAAUAUUGAAUGGAGUGAGCCAAUCAAUUUAGAAGAUGCAGUCAACAAUGUCUGCGGAGACAGUCAAAGGCAUCUGGUUGAACAUGGUGGCCAAGAAACUUUGAAAAUUCCUUUGUUCAUUGUAAAUGAUCAGAUUGUUGUGUCAAUGCCUGAUGUUCACAAAGUUGUGCAGCUUUUGAACGGCCAAAGUGUCCAGUUGCAGUACAAUCUUCAGAAGUUAGGAAUUGUCAAGUAUAAGUAUCCUUACAAUGACAUUUGUCAACUGAAAGUUCUGACCCAGAUGAAAAGGCCAAGUUUGUGCACAUACAUCACUAAGUCAGAUGUUGAUAAGGUGUUGAAGUUUUACAUCACACCAGAAAAUGAAACCAGGUUGCGACUGAUUGAGUGGCAGACUCCAAUAGCAGUGGAAAGUGUGGCCUGCAGCUCAGCAUCUAGUGGAAUUUCAAGUGUAGAUGCUGAGUCCAUCAGCACAGAGAACAAUGAUGUAAAUCCUGCAGAUGGUGAGACAUGUGACAUGUAUUCCUUUUCAGAUCUUUUCAAAGCCUUUGUCAGUGAUGACUCAGAAUCUGUGGAUAGCUUUAAUGAUGAUGAUGAUGACGACUUGCCAGAGACAUUGUUCCACCCCUCAUUGCCAUCACCAUCAUCUAGGGCUGGCACCACCAAUCCUUUACAGUCUACUCAAAUCACUUUCUACACAAGUGAUAAGGUGAAUUCUCCUAGUGAUCAGUUACAUCCAAUUAAACCAUUGUUCUCAAACAAUCAGUUGCCACCAUUACAUCUUCCUGGCAGACAUGAUAGAGAUGUCAACCAAGUAGGACUGGAUGUCAAUCAAAGAAGUCAGGUCAAUGUCAUGGAUAUGACAAGAUGUUGGAGCUGUGACACUCCAUCUUGUACAAAGAUGCAUCCAAGCAACAUCCUAGGAAAUAGUACUGUCACAACUUGUAAAAGUAUUCAUUCAAAAAUUUCAAGUGAUGGUGGAGCAAGCCAGACUCUUCCAGACUGUAGCCAUCAUAGCUGCAAAAGAACCAGGGAGGUUUUAGUCAGUGAUGGUGCAUGGAUGGAACAGUUGGCUAAAAAACACAGGGCAGACCACAAUGACCUUCUGAAAACCUUGCAGCGCAAAGAAACAGAACUAAACAUUUUAUAUGACGCAUAUCAGGAACAAAUAAAGCGGGAGAGGAAGCAAAGGCUGGCAGUGCAGCGAGAAUUGGACCAAGUGAAGAAUUCCAAUGCGGAACUGCUACAAAACAUCGAAAGAAAGGAAGUAGAAAUGAAGAUUUUGCACGAUUCAUACAAGCUGCAGAUGGAUUUGGAGAAAAAGAAGAGGGAACAUCUUGAGAUUGAACUUCGUAAUCUUCGAGCUGGUGAAGCACGGUUCAACAUUGUUCAUGUGAAACAAGAACCUCUGUAGUGAAACGAAUGAUAUCAAGCUUACUGCAAAGUCAGAUGUGGUGGCAUCCCUCCAAGUUGACUUAGCUAAAUAUAACAGCAAACCAGCUCCACAACAAAGAGAGUUACAAGAGUGACCACACUGAAUAUAUAAACUUUACAUACUGGAGUUCAUUUAUUAAUUUAUUGCCAGCUUUCGAAUUCUCUCAUGCCUUGACAUCAGCCAUAAAGUGUUUAACUCAAUUGAUAUAAAGAGCUUGGAAAACAACUCUUCUUGUCUUGUGUCGUUUCACUUCUGUGUUCUUUCAUUCUCGCAAUUGUCGCUUUCUUGCCUGCCACGUACAUUUAUUACUUUUGAUCUUUCUCCCUAUCUAUUGCUUGCUUACUUUCUGUAAUCCUUGACAAAAGUUCAUUACGUCCUUGAAAUAAGAGCGUUGCUUGUGAGGAGCACUGAACUUCAAGCCUCGUGAAACACGCUGUUUCUCCUUUUCUCGGGGACGAUUUGCCUUUCGUUAUGACAGGAGUUGGUCAAGCUUCCAGUUCGUUGCUAUUUUAAAGGGAGGAGGUUUUGGUCUUUGCAGUUCAUCUGCAGGUAGAAAUAACGGUAGUGAUUUUUAAAAUGAUCCAAGAUUGUUUUAGGCUUUUUUUUAGGGACAGAUCGAAACAUUUUAAAGAUUACAGCGCCCGUGCUUGGUGCCGUUUUUACAUUCCCGGGGGUAAGUGAAAAUUUUCCGCGCUUCACGCAAUAGUCAAUUGUGUAUUUUGGCACAAAGCAUAUUCAGGCCAUCUUCAGGAUUUCUAGUAUUUAAAAUUGUUUAAAAUGUUUAAAAUUAAACAUGUACCAUCGCAAACGAAAU